CUUUCACCAUAGAAGCCAGGAAGGAACCAAUCUAUUCAAAUUUUGCAACCUUUUCACAAUUCAAACAUAGGAACCUUGGAAUUUUGCUGUUUUUUUUUAUCAAUGUCUCAUACCUUGCAAUUUUCAUUUCUUUUCAAGUGCAUUCAAUUCUCCAAUGAAGGUAGAGAAGAUGAACAGAGUUAGGCCUCGUGGCUUUCAAAUUCUAUGCUCUUCUGAGCAUUCCAGUUUCAAAGAUGAAGAUGAUGCUGAAAAUGGAGGAGGUCAAGUUUCAUCGCGGGUGAUACAGGUGGAGAGAUAUAGCAAUGGUACUGCUAAGAGAUGUGUAUUAGGUGAUGAUUUGCAGUUGCAAACCUUUCUUGUUGAGGAGGAUACGUCUACGCCAAAAAGGUUCCAGGAUUCAUAUUCCCCUGAUGAAAGCCUAUCCUGGCUUCCAGACACAAUCAAAGAUUUUAUCCUACCAGCAGGCUUUCCUGGAUCAGUUUCAGAUGAUUACUUGGAUUACAUGUUAUUACAGUUCCCUACCAAUGUGACUGGAUGGAUCUGUCACACCCUAGUCACUUCAAGUCUCCUAAAGGCCGUUGGUAUUGGCUCUUUCUCUGGAACCUCAGCAACUGCUUCUGCUUCUGCCAUCAGGUGGGUCUCUAAGGAUGGCAUUGGAGCUGUUGGACGAUUAUGCCUUGGUGGGCGGUUUGGAAGUCUUUUUGAUGACGAUCCUAAGCAAUGGAGAAUGUAUGCGGACUUCAUUGGCAGUGCUGGAAGCAUUUUUUAUCUGACAACCCAAGUAUAUCCUGACUAUUUCCUUCCUUUGGCAUCUCUUGGAAAUCUUACCAAGGCUGUAGCGAGAGGACUAAAAGAUCCUUCUUUUUGUGUGAUUCAAAACCACUUUGCAAUUUCAGGAAAUCUAGGAGAGGUAGCCGCAAAGGAAGAAAUUUGGGAAGUGGUUGCUCAACUGAUUGGCCUUGCUUUAGGCAUAUUGAUUCUGGAUACACCCAGCCUUGUAAAAUCAUAUGGUGUACUUUCAUUACCUUGGUUGGGUAUGCAGUUUCUGCAUCUUUGGCUACGCUACAAAUCACUUUCAGUUCUCCAGUUUAACACAAUAAAUCUAAAGCGUGUGUUACACUCUACUGUUCCAGGAUGCACAUAUUGCAACCGAGAAGAGAAUAUAUUAACUAGGUCACAAUUCAUGAAGCCAAAAAUAAAUUUUGGCUUGCCCUUGGAGAAAAUAGAUGGCGUGGAGAGAUCUCAUUUUAUGGUGGAAGCACUUCUAAAAUUAUAUGCAAGUGAGAAAUAUAUUCUCAUGGUGAAUCAGCAGCUGGAAGAUUUGAGAUUUUAUGCUUCUUUCAAGGUUGGAGCUACAAGUGUUUCAGUAUUGCGAAGUGUGGCAGACUUUCUGGCUAAGUGAGAACUGGGAUAGCAAUGUUAAUGUUUGUGAUCAAAUUGCUAAUAGCCUAAUGGAAUUGGAAGAAAGAUUUGAGGAUUUCAUUCUAAAGUUGAAAGAAGCAGAAUGGGAUACCCAUCAAUUAAAUUUGAAGGUUCCCAAAGAAAUCUUCAUUGAUGAAAAUACCAAUCCUCUCUAAAUUCUAAAAUGGUAAAGCAGAGAAUGUUAAGUAGUGCAAAAUGAUAUGACCAUGAGGUCCUUCUUGAGUGUUGAGACAUAAAAUGUGAUCUACCAAAAUGUAAAUUCUGUGAGCAGUUUUGCAAGCAUUCAGAGCAAGAUAUCUAUUUUUCACAUGCAGAUAUUCAACAAAGGGAGACCCGGUAUUUAUGGUGGCCAAUUGGCUUAUAGUCUUAACUCAUUGAAUACCAAAUCCUGGCUUUUGUACUACAUUCUUACUUUCUUAGGGAGGCUCCUAUAGUAAAAAAUUGUUCUCAAUUUUGUUUAAAAUCUUUCUAGUAUGCAAUUUUUUGGGAGAAGUUCUUUCAUACUUGGUAUUCAGCAUUUCUGUGGGAGUACAGUUUGGUUAAUCAUGCUAUCUGUAGUCUUAAAACAGUUCACUAUUCUGUCUUGAUCAUAAAAAAGUUCAUUGGUUUAUCUUUCGAGAGAGGCA